CACAGAAAUAGGUCUAGGUUUUGAAUGAAAACAACCUAAAAACGCACAAAGAAAAUCGUAGUUUUUAUUCCUGUUCGCCGUAGUAGCAAGGACCGCAAGAAAAUAGUAGCAAGGACCAAAUUGCAGUUGAACAAGGACCUUAAAAGAAAUGGCUAUCGAUAUGCGGCGUCAGGAGAUGGAAAUGAGCACACAUUCGGAAUGUUGUGAAGCGAAUUCCACUUCGAAGUGUACUACUACACCGAUAACAAGAACUGCGGUGAAAGGACGAACGCGUCAUCAACUUCUACACGGAGAUUCCUCGUCGAAGAACACGUCGCUUCCUCCAGGCUCCGGAAUUACUAGUGUGGGAGGCAGUACUUCUUCAAGUGGACCAGGAGCAGGUGGCUUGCCCAGUACAACUUGUUUAUCUUCUUCAACCGGCUACAGCGAUAAAUUUGAGAGCAGAAAAAACUGUGUGACAGCGCAGCAGUUACAGUUCUCACCAAUGGGUUCAAUACGCCAGGCAUCAUCUAUGUCCUCCGCUGAAAGAGAUUACAAUUUCAGCAUUUGGGAAAACAAUCGAGACAGCGUCACGAACAAGAUGACGAGCAAUAAACGAAACACAGAAGACGCUCUGGUAGCGUCUCCCUCUCUCCUUCGAGACGCUAAAGGACUAGAAUCUCCCCUUCUUGACACGACCCCAUCUCGCUCUUUUGCCUCCGAAAUUUUGUCCUCCGAUGAUAAACGAAAAAACGCCAUCGUGCUGUCUUACCUCGCGUUCCAGACAAUUUCCAUCGGCGCUCCGCAGUACGGGUUCAUUUCUGCAUUGGGAAAACUAUCCUUGCCUCCGACAGAAGCUGAUGCAGCAGCGAGUGCGAUCCCCACGUACACAGAAACGGCGUUCUUGAUAAUGCUGCGUUCCAGUCAAUUAGGCGCAUUUCCUGUCGCUACCCUGGUUGACCGAGUCGGUGGCAAAAUUGGCACGCUGAUAGCGACGUUGUUGUUCGCGAUUGGUACUCUAUACUCUAUUGUAUUGAAAAUGAUAAUAAGUAAAAAUUCUGGGUUCUUGAUGUUGAUGCACUAGCCGGUCUUGAUCAUGCAAUGCAUUCUUUGUUUUUUACUUAGAUGAAGUUCAAUUUGAUAACUCGUGCAGCCUUUGUAGAAGAUAGCAACGGCGGAGUUGUCAUGCUGCUAAAGAACGCCUCUUGUACGGAUGACCUGACACAUGAGUAAAAACUCGAUGAUUGACUUCUGACGCACAAUCACGUCAAUCUAUCAAGUGAUUGAUGUAGAAGCUUAAAGAACGCCGGUGCAGGUGACCUGACAGAUAAGUAGAGACUCAACAACAACAUUUCCUUCUCUGAUUUAUCAAAAUUCUGCGCUUGAAUCUUCGCCAUUUCAGGUGGAAUUUCCUUGGCCGUGGCUGUGCAUUCCGCUGGGCUUCUUUGGGCAGAUUCACCGGAUCCGGGGAUGCAAAUGCACCUUGUUGUCGCUGGCGUCUCUUACGGCCUUGCUGCGACGUUUCAAAUUGUCAGUGUGAUGCUCACCCUACGCACUGUUUUUCCCGCUGUCUCUUCCGAUUUCAGUGUGACCCUGAUGAACGGCUGCUACGACUCUUCUUCGUUUAUGUUCACUCUUGUAGGGCUGCUGUCAACUCUUGGCGGAGAAGUAGCAGCAAGUGCUUCAUCUUCUACUAGUACGACUAGCGUCGAACAGGAUACUGGAGGCACCAGCGAUCAUAUACGACCUACACAUGCCGCUGGAGACACUUUUCCAGACGGAACAUCAAACCUGUUGAAGCAGGAGCAUGCAGACAGAUUUGCGUUAGCGCUGGUAGCCUACGCAGCGUUCGGAUUGCUGCAUUUUGUUUUCGUCUUCUUCUUUUAUCCCGAUCGUUUAGUCCCAUCGACAUCAGACGCGACAGCCGAGGAAGACGCUGCUGUUGUUGUCAAGGAAACGACCAGAAUGAAGACCCCAGAUGUUCAUGUUCAUCCUCACAUGGAGGUGCCCACAAUCAAGAUCACGACUACAGCUUCUCCCGAUCGUCAACAUUGCAAAGAAGUCCACCCUCUUCUCCCACCUGUUGAUUUGUCUAUUCCUCUACUCGGAGGAGAUAUCAGCAAAGCCGCCUCCGACUUCUUUUAUUCCGCUCCACCAAUGGCUGAGAGGGCCGGUGAGGAGGACGUUGCCUUGGAUGAGAUUAGACUACAUUGCAAAGAAGAUUUGGAUGGAGUGAACGUCCAACCUAGUCCUACAACUAGCAACCCCAAGGCAGAUUCUCAUAGUCAUACUAGGAGUUCCUUCUGGCGCAUGCUGCGCAGACCGCGAUACCUAUUCUCGAUCCUGUGGUUUGCGGCUCAAUUCCAAAAUUUCACUGGGUAUUUGACGCAGAUGCCGGACAUCUUGGAUCCCUAUACUCUCGAAUUGAGCGGCUGGCUUUAUCCCGUGAGUCUGCUAACCGCACUUUUGAUGGGAACGAUCUUCAACAAGUUGCAGAAUCCUGGCUACGUUGUCGCCAUAGCAACCGUCUUAGGCAUCGCUUUUCAGCUGACAGUGCUCGCCUUGUCCUCACCCGAUCCUCCGGCAACAUCUACAAGGACUACAACAGAAACUACUCUAGGCGGGGCUCUAUCGCAGUCCCUGAUUUCGUUCAUUCGCGAACGGCAAGUCGGGAUCCUCUUUCUGCUACCCCUGUAUCGAAGUGGCCUUUUCAGUGCGAUGUGGAUUUAUUGGCCAGUGGCGUUCCCUACUGAGUGUCAUCACCUCGGAUCCAUGUACGGGUUUGCAUCCCUCUUCGCUUUCCUCUUCAGUAGCUUUCUGAUCGCAUUCGUGCUGCCAUCUACCAGCGAUUCCGCUUCAGGCGACUACGACCCAGCACUAGGCGAAUAUGCGAACUUGUUGUGGGUGGCGCUCUACGGGACCAUCAGUGUUUCUUACACACUCUACCUGCUCGUACCGAGAAGGGGAUGGACGAUCAUUGACGAUGCUAACUGAAGAUUUUUUGGGCAUCCCCCAUGGGAGACUGCUCCUAAGAAUUGUCUGGUAUUUCGACUAGUAUCACCACAAGCACAAUAAAUUAAAUAGAAAUUGAAAUUAAAUAUAAGGGGCGUUUAUUGCUCACCAAUAUGAUGCCGUCCUACGUGCUGAAGAUCGCCACGAUUCUAGCAAACUGAUCUUAUCUUUGUAACUCUCUUAGUGUAAUAUACUUAGAUAAGAUGACGCACACCUUCUAUUCUUGAAGAAGGCUCAUCUAGUAGGAUCCGCAGCCAGCGCUAGUCAGCCUACGAAUUUUGAACUCUUUGAAAUAGAUGAAAUCUGGUAUGUCAAUCUUACCUGUCAAUCAUGUUACCUGUCAAUCAUGUUACCUGUUAAUCAUGUUACCCGUUAAUCAUGUUACCUGUCAAUCAUGUUAGUGUUACCUGUCAAUCAUGUUACCUGUCAAUCAUGUUACUUAUCAAUACUAAUUUGCGCUCUUUUUCAACGAGAAAAGUUCAGCAAUGGGUUCCGAAACCGCAACCCGUUCAUUGCCAUGAACAACCAAAACUAGGAAGCAAGUUGGGAUUCAUUUCGUCCCGAUGAUGAACCAAAACUAGGAAGCACCCAAAAACUAGGAAGCACCCAGUAGACUUAAACUCCUAUGUAAAUACUUAUCUUCGAUCCUACUUAGCGAUGUACGAGUAAUCCGUAGCUCCUAAACAGUGCAGAAAAGGAUUUCGUUGAUACAAAUAUAUAAGUAUCAAUUAUAUGUUUAAAUGCUGAGCUACGAAAAUCAAUCCUGACAUUUAACUUCGCGGAACUUCGAUUGUUGAGGAGCCGAUUUGGAAAUAAGAACGAGUUGAGCAGCACUUUGAAAGAGAGGAGAAAUAGCUGUAUGAAUUAGAGGUAAGAAAUAGCUGAUGCAUGUGUGAAUGAAUGAAAUGACCACGCGCGCCGAAUGGACAUGAAUUAUAACCACAAGCAAAAGCAUGCAUCCUAUCCUAUGAAGAUAUCACGAGACCCCCAGCCUCACCCUCUAGGUGAACUGAGUACUAUUUGUUGAUCAUGAUGAAUUAUUACUGUUUAUUUUUUUGCUAACUAAUGUACUACGCUUUUUUUUUGCAAUAAAGGCAUCAAGCGUAUGUUAUUGUGAUUGAAAUGCUUUCAAGAUGAAGACGUUGACCGGAUGAAACUCGUAGAAAGAAGUAGAUUGUGGAGCCUACCGCAGCAGCUUACCAAUCGAUUUCGUGCACAUUAUUUUCCGUAUUCAUUGCACUAGAAGUUCGUUGAUGUCCAUAAUAAAUGAACGUAAAUGUGAUUAGAAUUUUCGGGAAAUUAAAGUCACUUGCACUCUGAACCUUGAACUCGAACUCUGAACCGCUUUCUGGGCACAUCAAUGCCAACGCUUUCCCUAGGAAACUACAACUAGUAAUCAAAAAUAAACGACCCACGCUGAAGCUGAUGAUUAAGAGCUGCUACUAACUUCUAGAAGUUGUAGGAUAAAACUCAUGACUAAGUAGAAGGUGCCGGAUGUACUUGUAGUACCCCUCGUGUUUUCCUCCGCUUGCAUUUUUUUUGAUGACACAAGUCGGCUUUCCAAUAGAUCCCCGUCUCCGUCUUUUCUUAAUACAGUCAACAAAAAAAAUUUUCUGUUUCGUGUAAUGAAUCUGAAGAAAAAGCGCGGCUUUAAAUAGUGAACGGUAUCUAUACCCGAAGAAUUUCAGAUCUCUAAGAAGAAAAAAAUGCUGAGAACUGUUGGCUUCUACUCCUACAAUAUCAGAGUAUACGUGUGGAAGCUCUCUAUCCGGAUUAAAAACCGACUAAGAAAAUAUAUAUUCAUGCAAUAGUAAACGCGAUUAGCGGGCUCCUAACUAAUAUGAACACAGUCAGGCACUCAAAGCCGAAAAUGUGGAGUGUCGGGGUUGGUUUUAUUUUCUGACGAAUCGCAACACCCUGCAGGGAAACAGAAAGAAGAAAAUGCUUGCUGGAAUGUAGUGGGUUUCCCGUGCAGUAACGACCAUCUUCAGGGCCUUUCUCAAAGAACCACCACGAGGCUGAGAAGAUCCGAACUGCGCCAAGUUGGAUCUCUAUGGGGAAUUCGCCCCGAAAUGUCUUAACUCCACAUUUUAUCUAUUUUGAGCUGAGGAAUGUCGUAAGAGAUUAUAAUACAACUCAUUCUCAAUAGAAUAAAUAUGUACAUAAAAACAGCUCAAGAACUUCUGGUCAUUGAUGAAUCUAGAUUGAUGAAUGAACAAGAAAAAGAAAAGGAAAACCCCUCGCCCCGUUGUCUAUUGACUACUAAUCAAUGCAGAUAUUAUUUAUUUAAGAGAGCUUCUUGGCGAGCCCUUCCUCUUCCUCGAAUAACGGAUUUUUAUUACUGAAACAAAAGGACCGCCCAAGAAGAUAAAGUAGAUGUAGAUGACAUUUUGUUUUUAUGAAAGAC